AUGAUUUGCAACGCCUGUCGUGCUGGCCUGCGCACCGCCCGCGCCAAUCCCCUCCGCACAAUUGCCCUCCGCGCAUCAUCGGUAUCCUCAUCGACGUCCUCACCGUCCUCUCGCCUUAUCGCCGCAAUCACUCUCCAGUCAACGUCCUUCACGCGCUCCUUCUCCGCUUCCCGCACCCUCCGCUCGGUCUCCGCCACAAUCGACGAAGAGCUCCCUUCUAUGUCCCCCGCCGAGAGCGCCAUCGCGGAGCUCCUUGCCGAGAAGCUCUCCCCGACGCAACUGCUCGUCCAGGACGUCUCGGGCGGCUGCGGUAGCAUGUACGCCAUCGACAUCACCUCGCCGGCGUUCCGUGGCCAGACCAUCCUCAAGCAGCAGCGCAUGGUGAAUGCGGCGCUGGGCGAUCUUGUCAAGGGCUGGCAUGGUGUGCAGAUCCGAACCAAGGUUCCUGCGGAGGAUGCUUGA